AUGGAGACAGAGCCUCUUCUUCCAUAUAUGAGCCCAAGAGGGAAACCGCCUUCUCUGCCUCAAUUAUAUCCACUCCCUGAAAAUGAUGAAAUUAUUCUCCCUAUGACGCCCACGGAGUUCAAAGAUCGCCUGAUCUUUGGCCCUUCAUCUUCCCCUCAAGAUGCUUCUUCUGCGUUCGAUGCUUUGACACUGUCUCUUGCCUCACCGAGACCCUCUGCUUCGUCUUCUCGUCAGGACCCAUCUACCCCUUUGGACCCCAAAUCCCAAUCGCCGUCUCAACAGGGAUGGCUUGUGGAUUCGAAGCAUUCAUGCCACAAAAGCAACCUCCACCGUUCUAAAACAGCACCUGCCAUGGCGGUCAUAAAUGAUAUCAACCAUUCGCAGGAGCCCAAGCCACAAUUUGGCAAACAAUCUAUAAUCCGCCAAGCUGUUGUUCUUCUAAUUAUUUACUUAUCAUUGGGUGUGGUUAUAUAUUGGAUUAAUCGCGAUAAUUUUUCAGCUUCGGAGACUCAUCCCGUGGUCGAUGCAUUGUACUUUUGCAUUGUAACGAUGUGCACUAUUGGGUAUGGAGAUAUUACUCCAAAUAGUGCAGCGACUAAGCUGUUCUCAGUUUUGUUUGUGUUGGUGGGCUUUGGGUUUAUUGAUAUAUUGCUGUCUGGAAUGGUCAGUUAUGUGCUUGAUUUGCAGGAGAGUUAUUUGUUAAGAAAUGUGAAGAGGGGCGUGCAGCGUGAAUCUGGGAAAUCCUAUAUAAUUGAUGUGAAGAAGGGAAGAAUGAGGAUUAGAAUGAAAGUGGCAUUGGCCUUAGGUGUUGUGAUACUUUGUAUAGGAAUUGGCAUGGGUGUUAUGCAUUUUGUUGAGGACUUAGGGUGGUUGGAUUCAUUUUAUCUUUCAGUCAUGUCUGUGACAACCGUUGGAUAUGGUGAUCAGGCGUUCAAGUCGAUGACGGGUCGUAUUUUCGCUUCAAUCUGGUUGCUUGUAUCGACCCUUGCUGUCGCUCGGGCGUUCCUUUAUUUAGCAGAGGCAAGAGUGGAUAAGCGGCAUAGGAUGAUGGCAAAAUGGAUACUUGGUCAGGACAUGACUGUCUCUGAGUUUCUUGCUGCUGAUACCGACAACAAUGGCUGUGUGAGUAGAUCAGAAUAUGUGGUAUACAAGCUGAAGGAGAUGGGUAAGGUAUCAGAGAAAGAUGUGAUGCAGAUAUCGAAUAACUUCGAUAGACUAGACACUGGCAAAUGUGGGAAGAUUACGUUGGCCGAUCUCUUGCAAAAUCAUCACUGAUAUGCGAACACGAGACCGACCACGAUUUCCUCAGCAUUUGGGUUCCGAAGAACUUGAGUUAUAUAGAAUGAAGGAAGCACUUAAAGUGUGAGUUUGCAUUCCCUGCAACAUUUGUUUUUUUGUUCUAUCUAUUCAUGUGAUGAUGCUGUACAAAGCCUGAAAGCAUAGGAAGUAUUCUUCUUCAGAAACUAAAAAGAUAAUUGUUUUGAACUUGUUGAACUGUUCAUUUGUUUAUUGGUUUAUAUCUUUGUAAUGUGAGCAUGGGAUGUUGCUCCUCAAUAUAAAUGUCUAUACCUGCCUUUUAUCUUUUA